AAACCGAGGACCUUAAUCUCGGAAGUGAUCAUUUAAAAACUUCCUUGUUUAGUUUCAGUAAUCUCUGUCGUUUACAUUUCUGUUUAGAACGGUAUUGCAGUUUACAUACUACUGAAUAUGAUUAAAGCUAUAUUAAUAUUUAAUAACCAUGGAAAGCCGCGGCUCAUCAGAUUUUAUCAAUAUUUUACUGAAGACAUGCAGCAGCAGAUCAUUCGGGAGACGUUUCAUUUGGUGUCAAAGCGAGACGACAACGUCUGUAAUUUCUUGGAGGGUGGAAGUCUCAUCGGGGGCUCAGACUACAAGCUGAUCUACCGCCACUACGCCACACUCUACUUUGUCUUCUGUGUGGACUCGUCUGAGAGUGAGCUUGGAAUUCUGGACCUUAUCCAGGUGUUUGUGGAAACGCUGGAUAAAUGCUUUGAGAAUGUCUGCGAACUGGACCUCAUAUUCCACAUGGACAAGGUCCACUACAUCCUGCAAGAAGUGGUAAUGGGUGGCAUGGUCCUGGAGACCAACAUGAACGAGAUCGUGGCUCAAGUGGAGCUUCAGAACCGUAUGGAAAAGUCAGAGGGCGGUCUCUCCGCGGCACCCGCUCGUGCCGUCUCCGCCGUGAAGAACAUGAACCUGCCCGAGAUCCCGCGCAACAUCAAUAUUGGAGACAUCAACAUCAAAGUACCCAGCCUCUCCCCUUUCUGAGUACGGCUCUGCAGGGAACGGGUGGGAUCCAGUGCCCCCUCCUUGCUCAUACACAGAAAACUUGAACUCUCCCAACCACAACGGCAUUCGUGACUUAGCAUUCUGGCUGCUCGAGUAUGCGGGACAGAAGCUGGGAAUCGUUUUUGUGUUGUUGUUUUAUUUCCGACCUACUGUUCUUGUUCAACUUGCACAAUAUUGUCAAUGUGUGUUCCAUGAAGUGGUAGUUGGCAACCUAUGGCAAGGGGACCAUAUUUCUUGCAACACGCAUUAUAAAAACAGCUGGGUUAUUUGAAUUUCGUGUGUUAUGGCGAGUUACCAAAUGUUGCUUCCAUGUAUGCCCCAACACUGAACAUCACAAUUCUAAUUCCUUCGAAUUUAGUGCCAUUUUCGUCUGAAUCUUCCCAAAUUUCCUGGGAUGCUGGCAAAAACUCCCACUCAUUAUCGUGAGGAUAAUUUUCAUGGCUCAAAUGUUUGAGCAAUCAUACAAAAUCUCAAGAACAAGUUUGAUGGCCAUAAAUGUCCCCAAAACGACUAAACUUAAAUCAGUAGAUUUCCUCAGAGUUUUUUUGUGGGCCUACUCAGGACAUGAUUGGAUAAAACCUCAGAAGAACUGUGAUUAAAAAAGUCUGAAGCCACAUUGGCUGCCUGUCGAAUGUGGCUGGUUCUGUUUGGCGUUUAUGUGGGCACAUUUUGUAGUGUCUAGUUCGUCAAAGUAUGCGCCCCUCACAAUGACUAUUUCAAACCAAAAUUGACAUCUGCAUUGAAUUUUGGGAUGUUGGAGCUGUCUUUAUUUCUGAUUUUCUAGAGGGUGCUAAAGAAUAAGUUUCUUGAGUGCACUUUUCCAUAAAUUUCAUAUGGCCCUUUGCAAGGAAAAUAGUUGACACAAAGCAUCAGAUUGAUGUGUAUAUUUCUGUGGGUUAAAUAUUUUAUGACUUGGCUGACAAGCAUAUUUUCCUUCCUCAGCUCGAUGCUCAUCACUGGUCUCGAUUUCGAGAUUCCCCAAACUGUACGUUUCCAACCUGGAGCGUAACACGAUCCCUUUGGCUCCCGUACAGCCUAGAAUGAUUUUUCUUCCAUUCGAAUACCCAAAUGGCUGCCUCUCCUCGACGGACUGUCGUCACGAUCCAUUGCUUCUGCUAUUUUGCGUGAAUAUUAAUCUCGUUGACAUAUGCGUGGGUUCAAGAGUCACAUGAUUGCCCCCUCAGCCCCUUCUCAGUACAGUGGGGAACACAACGGGAGAGGCCUCCAAAGUGUACAAUAACAACAAUAAUCACCUUUUUGAUUAGCCAAGUUUGUUUUUUUCCAAUAGUCUAUUUCAGUGGUUGUUAAGUUUUCCGAGGGCCACAUCAGGCCUAGGUACACAGAUGCACGGAUAGUUUUAAUAACAAAUAUCGUUCAACUUCCCAAAAGUACAUUUAUUGGCAUUACACCAUUUCCGCUCAAUUCUGCACCUCAAACGUUUGGCAGAAUUCACUCCCCCAAAGUCAGAUCCACUUUCAACAUGACAUUAAGGAGGCAUGUUCAUCAUAAGUGGACUCACGAAAAAAGACUUGAGUCAUGGCUGAAAUGACGAGAAGUUAGCCAUUUCAUUUUUAAGUCCCCACAAAACUACCACAAAGUAAUUAGAGAAAAAUUCCCCUCACAAAGCCAGUUUCACUUUGAGCCUAUUUCACUAGCGUGAACACUCGCUGGCAACAUGACAGCUACUCAAAUCUCCGGUGGGUGCAGCGGCAUGUCCGUGACAUCUGCAGGAGUCUUUUGGAGACUAGAUGUGUCACCAAGAAGUUUCAGGGAAAUUGAACAACCUUUGGGCACCUCCACUAUUUUCUCACUACUGAGAAAAACCUCAAUGUAACAAAACUGCAAUCAAUCGUCACCAAAUUCCAUGUGGAUAUCUAUACUUAUGGCCACUUAAACCUCUGAAAAUAUCAGAAUGAUCGCCUCAGUAUUUUGGAUUUCAGCAUUGACUGGCUUCUCGAUCAGUGACCUAAGUUUUUGACAUAUAUAAUGAGUAGACCCUUGAAAAUGUCUCAAUAGUUUGUGACCAAAAAGACAUGAGAAUUCUGCCAUUCUGGUUUGAAGCCUCCCAAAAUUUGGGGUACAUUAAGCCCAUAAAGCCAGUGUGACUUUGGAUGAAAACAUUUGAAAGAAUUCAGUAGCCCCAAAAUAAGUCUUCAUAAUCAUUCCUCCAAAUACAUAGGAAGUCUCCAUUUUGGUUUUUAAGCCGCUAUUUUAAUUUCAUUUUGGCCUUUGAGAGAGCUUAAAAGCUUGUGUUUUUCUAUAGAUAUUGUCAGAUUGCUAGCUAAAAUAAAAAAAAAAGCAGCCAGGGCUAGUUCCACCAUAUGACAAGAAAUUUUGUGGCCACAUCAACAAAGUAGACCCACAAAAAAGGCUUAAGAACCCUUUCCUGGAAACGGUCACAUGAAGUCUGCUAUUUUAUUUAAUAGUGGCCUUUUUAGGUCCGAUGCUAAGUGGAUGCAUUUCCUGGUGAGAUUAUUCAAAAUCAGUAAAAUUCCACCUAUUUUUUACCACAAAUACUAAAGUGAUAUUUAAUGAUAUGGUGCAAAACAUUUUUACAAGAUGACUGAAUUUAACUCCACAUUGGCUGCUUCUAUCCAAAAUGCUGGACCUUCAGUGUCUUUUGGGGCUUGGAUUGUUAAGGCUAUUUUACAGGUUGGUAAGAUCAACUUGGGGUGCUUCAAAUUGAAAUGGCAAACUUCCUGUGUCUUGUUGUAGGCAUGAGUUAUUAUUUUUUGUGACGUCUACUCUUGACGCACAAGUCUACCAAAUUUCACAUUCGUAAUUGACCGACUUAAGGGUCUGAUUUUAGAAAUAGUUUGGUUCACUGUCCAAUGUCAUUUUUUUGUGAGGGCUCUCAUCAAAAUGGUAGACUUACUGUGUUUUUAAGGCAUUCUUGAGACUCAUGACAAGUCUUCCAAAUUUUAUCCUGCUCAUUUACCGUAAUUUCCGGCCUACAGAGCCCACCGGAUUAUAAGACUCCCCCAGUACAUUUGUAAAGGAAAUACAAUUUGGUACAUUCAUAAGCCGCACCUGUGUAGAAGCCUCAAGUGCCCACAUUGAAGCAUGAGAUGUUUACAAAGAAAGAUGGUACACAGAAAGAGUUUUCAAAAUUUUAAUACCUUACUUUGCAUAACAUAGCAACAAUACGGUAGCAUGAACAGGGCUGGUUUAAAAAAAAAAAAAAAAAACAGCCGAGGCAGCUACAAAGUAGCAAUACUUAGCACAGGACUAA